CUGUCGGAUCCAACCCGCCAGCCAUGUCGACCGCCGUGGGUCGGCCUGGAAGUCGGUAGCUUCUCGACCUUAUCGCCUUCUCUACCAAUGGGAAUUCGCAGAGCACGAUAAGGAUUUCUGUGUCGAGGGACAACGGAACGUUUCCCCGGGCAGAUAUUUGUAGCGGCCGAGGUUGGAGCGGGAGCGACGCGACGGCUUCUGUAGAAAUCCCUAAAUUGAAGAAUUCUUUUCGAGAAAUUAUAAAGUCAUUGAGUUGUUGAUGCCCUUUUCUUCGCCGUCCACAAUCUUUGCUCGUCUUUCUUGUCCGAAAUCUCUCGAGGGAUAGCGAAGGUUCGGUGGAUUGAUCGGGGGAGGGGAGGGAUGAAGAUCCAGUGUAAUGCGUGCGGGGCGGUGGAGGCGGCGGUGCUCUGCUGCGCGGAUGAGGCGGCGCUCUGCCGGGCCUGCGAUGAGAGGGUCCACGCGGCCAACAAGCUCGCGGGCAAGCACCAGAGGGUGCCGCUGCUCUCCGAUGGGGCCGGCGGAGGCGGCGCCUCUUCCUCCCGCGGCGUUCCCAAGUGCGACAUCUGCCAGGAAGCUUCAGGUUACUUCUUUUGUUUGGAAGAUCGAGCCUUGCUUUGCAGGAAAUGUGAUGUUGCCGUGCACACUGUAAACCCAUAUGUUUCUGCUCACCAGAGAUUCUUACUAACAGGGGUGCGAGUAGGCCUUAACCCCACUGAACCAGCUGCUGCUACUCUUGCUGGCUCACAAUUGCAUGUUUCAGGACAACCUGUAGAGCCACAAUCCAAACAACUGCCCAGUAGUAGUAAGCCCAUGUCGUCCCUGGACACUAAUGGAGUCGUAUCCAGCCAAAUGCAUGAGGAUGAAGGUUUAGUGGUAGCUAAAGCCCCAAUCUCUGGAUUUACCAUGCCUGGGAGCAUAUUGGAUUGGCCUUUAGAUGAGUUCUUUGGCUUCUCUGAAUUUAACCAAACUUUUGGUUUCACUGGGCAAAAUUCUUCGAAGGCUGACAGUGGAAAGAUAGGAAGCUCUGAAGGGUCAUCACUUAAUCGCACCACUGAUGAUGAUGUGGACGCUGGUGAAUGUUUGGGCCAGCUGGUGCCUGAGAUCCCAUUCAGAGUUCCUGAAAUUCCUUCCCCACCAACCGCAUCAGGUCUCAGCUGGCAAAGUAUCCCACAUUAUUCAGUAUCUGAUGCUGUUUUUGUACCCGACAUAUGCACUUCCCAUGAUCCUACCUAUUUCACUCAAAUGCCUGCUAAGAGGCAUCGGAUAAUGAGACACAGAGGUAAUUCAGAAGUUUGAAAUUGGCUUGAUGAUGUAAAAGGCACGUUGAUGAAGUUAUAUAAUUCAGAUCUGUGUUUAUUUGAUGUUCUACACUGGCUAUGUCGUCGACUUCAUUAGUCAUGCUUUCUCAGCUUGCUCAUCUAUGUUUCUGGUCCCAGAAUUCAAUAUAUAUUUGAAAAUGAAGUUGCUGAAGAGCAUUAGGCCUCUCUA